ACCUCCAGGCUGAUGUGUUACUACAACAGCAAGGCUGAAGACAGACCAAAUGUCGGGAAGUUCAGAGUUUCAGAUAUUGAUCCGGACAAGUGUACCCAUCUGAUUUUUGCCUUUUCUGACAUAAGUAAAAAUGAGCUGGUUCCCACAACUGUAAAAGAUGUUCAGCAGUACUUCGAGUUUAACGCACUCAAACAAAGAAAUCCACUUCUGAAAACCCUGUUGGCUGUUGGUGGAGAGAAGUUUGGGACAAAAAAAUUCAGGACAAUGGCGGGAUCACAAGAGAACAGAGAAGUGUUCAUCCAGUCUGUAAUCGAACUACUCAGAGCAUUCAAUUUUGAUGGGCUAAACCUUGACUGGAGGUAUCCAACUGAAGAGGACAAGCAGAGAUUCACAGAGCUUUGCAAGGAGCUGGAAACAGCCUUUGUCGAUGAAGUAUCUUCAAGUAAACAGGAAAGAUUAAUCCUCGCAGCAUCUGUCUCUGCUGAGAGGUCAACCAUCGAUGUUAGCUAUGAAGUGGAAGACAUUGCCAAGCACCUGGAUUUCAUCAAUGUGUUGACAUUUGACUUCCACGGCCCCUGGGAAAGUGUCACAGCACAUCACAGCCCCUUAUUCCAGGGAUCCCAAGACACUGGAGAUGCUAUCUACUCUAACACUGCCUCUGCCUUAGAGUACUGGCGGGACCAGGGAGCACCUGAAGAAAAACUGAACAUGGGGUUUGGAGCUUUUGGACGAGCUUUUUCCCUGUCCUCUAAUUCAAGCGCUGUCGGUGCACCAGCCAGUGGUCCUGGUGAGGAAGGCUGCUACACCGGUGAAGACGGAUUCUGGGCCUCUUAUGAGACUUGCCUUUAUGUAGAUGGGGUACAAACCCAUCUUAUUUCUGAUCAGAAAGUUCCAUAUGCCACAACAGAAAAUCAGUGGGUUGGAUUUGACGACACAACCAGUAUAAGUACCAAGAUCAAUUACCUCAGAGCAAACAAAUUCGGAGGAGCCUUUGUCUGGUCUCUGGACCUGGAUGAUUUCAGAGGAGAGUUCUGUAACCAGGGCAAGUGCCCAUUCGUUAGCCAACUACAUAAUCUGCUAGUACCAGGUUUCCCUGAAUGACCUACCACAUGCCCCUACUACAACCACAGCUGCCCCUACAACAACCACAUCUGUCCCAACAACAACCACAGCAUCAGGCUCUGGAGGCACGUGUUCAGAUGGGCCAGAUUGUCCCCGACCCCACUAACCCAAACUGUUACUACAACUGUGACAAUUUUGGUGUAGCUCAUCUCAUCUCGCUACUUUGGUCUUUAAAGACUCCUGUAAGUGCUGUGAUUUUCCCUGAAGGGUUUCACUUGAAUGAAGUCAACACACAUAUAUGGGUUGACCUUUUAAAAAUGAUUUCUGUGUCAAAUGUCUUUGUUGAAUAUAAAGAAAAAUGCUCAAAAUUGGUAAUUCAUGCCUUUUGUAAGGCUUUGGUGAUCUGUACUUUACUAAAUAUUUUUGACAGAUUCAAUCGAUUUUGUUUCCUCCUUUUUGUUGACAAGCGAACAAAUGUGAUAACAUUUAAUUUUUUUAGCACUAACACAUAUUAUGGCA